AUGCACAAUGUCGGUGCGCACGCAACCGUCGGGCCAUCGGCCUCUUCGGAGAUCCACACGCCCUGGCGGAAACUCUUGUGGAGGCGGCAGCCGUACCCGGACAAUUAUGUCGACGCGUCCUUCCUGAGCCAGCUGCGGACGAACGCGACGGCUGCGUUUCCUUCCUAUGCGACCAUUGCUCUGUCGUCGCUCGGCAUCGUCCAGCAACUGAGCUCGGUGCUCUUGUUCGUCGCCCUCUUUGUGCACCUGCACCUCGGCACACUCUCGGCGCAGGCGCUGGUCGCCGGCAGCCUCGGCGUGACGCUCGUCCUGGGGUGCAUCAGUCUCAAGGCGCACCCGCUGUCGAAAGACCAGCCGUCUCUGCUGCGCAGCCUGCCGAGCCUCGCGGUGCUCGCGCUGACAUUGCACGCCCUCUCGCCGGUCCUGCGCACGCUCAGCGAGGCGACGACGAGCGACAGCAUCUGGGCGUUUUCUGCGAUGCUCUUUGGCUGCCACUGGGCGCUGGCCGACUACUCGAUGCAACCCACGACCCGCCCGCUGCUCUCCUCGACGCUGAGCCUGAACCUGGCCAUGUGCGCGAGCGUCGUGCUGUCCAGCCGGCUUUCUUCCGAUGUGGACGUGUUUGCGCUGCUGCUGGCCGCGCUGCAGCUCUUUGCGAUUUACCCCCUCCUGCGCCAACGUAUCUACCUCGCCUUUGGCGCGAUGCAGCACAGCGGCGCAGCGAUACCCCGCGCCGCCGUUCCGUGCACGAUGGUGCUCGUAGCGGCGAGCCUCUAUGCCAUGCUGCCGCUCAGUCGCGUCGUCGCGGUCGUGCUGAUGCCUGGCAGCCUUCGCUGGAAGCACGAGAUGCGGGGGCCGUGGGACGAGGCGGUGUUAGCGCCGGCCGUCGACGGCCUUGUCGGCGAUGCAUCGAGCCCAUUUGAUGGGGCGCAGCCUCCACUUGCGCAGCGCAUGUGA